AUGACUGACCAGCCACUCCCGCUCAAGAAUUGGCCGCACACCUUCGACCAAACCUAUGUGUUCAAGCGUCUUGGAAUAGCACGGAGCACCGAGGACCAAGAGGCUGUCCGCGAGGUAGCACAGGUUGUCUAUGAUGCUGUCGCAACUGAGGCUCUUAGAAAAGGCGUCAUCAUCGGCAACGUUUUCCGAUCGAGUUCUUCACGCAAUCAAAUCCUAUUUGAGUGGCGCAAGCGAAUAUUGAGAUUGCCAUUGGCCGUUAGGAAUCACGUAACAGACAUUGACCUUCUUAGUGGGGCGUUGUAUAAAUACCUCACUACUAUUCACGAUGACUUGCAGUUGGACUUUGAAGCAAGCCAACGCCAGGAAGAUCAAGCAAGAAAUACCGCUGGCCAGGCAGGGGGACAGCAGACAGGACAACAGGCAGGACAAGCACCAGUGCAAGCGCCAGCACGAAGAUUAACACAAAAUCCAGCAAAUUCAGAAGAACCGCAGAAAUUCGAAUACCACCGGCCCUUCAUUGUGCCCAACGGUGACAUCCAGAUUAUCCGAGCAGAUUAUCCGGACAUGCCAAUCGCAAUUAGGGUGAGUGACCUUUUAACAGACAAAGGAAACCCGCUGGAUAUAUGCCCUGACGGGGAUUGGAUCAAUAUCUCCAACAUCCAAUUUGAAUUGUUAAGAGAUAAUCUCACCCAAGAAGGGUAUUGGGUUAAUGGGGAUACAGUUUGGUUAAGUCAUCUCACUCUGGAGGAAAUUGAUCCUACGCUGAUUGAUAACCCACAUCCUGGCGAGUCACGACUAACUUCCUUCAACCUAGCAUCUACACUUUUGCGAACUAUCCGUGAGCAUUGGCCUAAGCUUCGAAAUCCCUCCCCUGAGCCCUAUAAAAAUUCGAGGCGCUCACCAUUACCCAGACCUAAUUUGACUAUUAUCAUUCGAAACGGUGUUCCAAAAGGAGGGGCUCUAUCCGCUAACCAGCCAGCAUUAGCUCGUCCCGCUGAACAAUUGGGUGGUAAUGCGAUCACUCCUAACCGCCGAAUGGAACAGGUAGCUCGAUAUGCGGCCAACAGACACGCCAAAACCAAGCGGAAGAUAGCAGAAGCGGCAGGAAAAGGAGGAGCAGAAACUGAGGCCGAGGGAGAAGCUCCGCCGGCUCGAAAGAGAAAGAGAAUGCCCAAAUCUGCCGCUGGCGGUGGCCCUGCUACCGACCCUAAUUUUACCCUAGCUCCCGCCGGGCAAGAGCCCCUAGCGGAUGACAGUGAACCUACUUUCCUGGCCGGUAUAGAUCCUACAAUGUUUAAUGACCCGGCACUUAUGGGCGAUGAUGAUGCCGCCUUGCAAGCAUUCUUCGAGCAGAACCAGUGGGGUGGAGAUGGAGCACCGAUGGAGGAGGAGUGA